AUGACGUGCACACUACCAAACGCCGGGAAUGCAGAUAAAAUUGAAAUCGUGACCGGGAUUCCUAAGGGGUAUAAGAAUACUAAGAUCACCACUUACCGUCCAUGCGUCUCCUGAUGCGUCCUUUUUCCUGCAUGGGAUUUUGCUGGACUACACUGCCGGAUGCUGGGGACAACAGCGUGGACGAACGCUUUCUAAAAAUACUG